UUUUUUUCGUUUUCCGUUUAUUCUUUACGUUCAUUUAUGGGGUAGUAGUCGAGUGCCCCACAACCCAUAUCACUCCGUGCACACAACCGGCUAUUACGCGCCGUACAAUCCCGUUUCACGCCAGGAUUCCGAGAUAUCCUCUGAUGCUCAUACGGACGACACUCGCUCACUGACCGAUGGAUCUGUCGAUGGCUCUGUCCUGUUUUACCCGGCCAAGCCUAACCGGCACCAACUGCGCAAAGCUCGCCAAAAGAUUUCAAACGACUGUAUGAGAAAUCGUGAUCCGUCUAUAAACCAGCCAUUCAUCCCGCGAACUCAGCGUCCUCCACCUAAAGAACAGCAGGGUAUGCCCAAGACGCCGCAAGAAUUCGCUGCUGAGCUUAUCCAAAAAUUGGAAGCCGUAAAACGAGAUCGGGAAUCUGAAGAAAAGUUGCUCCGGAUUGUCGCUGAGAGGGAUAGUGAAGCCAGUGGAUUGGAUGAGCCAUGCCCGCAAGGCGCCCGCUUCAAACCCGGAUCUGAAUGCUCAGCUCGUGUUUUGGCAGAAGCACUGUCCAAAAUCGCUUCUUCAAAUGAAGCCGACACACAAUCGAUUCUCGAUAACCACGUCCAAAGGAUCUGGGCAGAUCAGACGCCAUUGCGAUCACCCGGUGCACUUUCACCUCGGCCGUGGUCUCCAGAGAACCGGCGUCGAUUGCCACCGAAUUCUGUGGCUAUUCCAACGAAAACCAGUGGGCCACCAAUAUUGAGCUCUUCUGCAUAUGGACCCGGCUAUUUCCAACGCUCCUCGGCCCAUCAUCGGCGAAAAGACAAGGAUAUCGAAAAGGGUUCAACUUACUCAGCAGACUCGGGUGCGAUUCUCGAUCAAGGUGACAGCGGAAGAGAAAAUCGAGCUCACUUUUCCAAGUCACAAUCAAUUCCUGAUACCCGCCGGAUUGGUAUGACGUCCUCUCUUGGGGGAGCUAGCAGUGCCAUCGGCAGCAAGAAAUCACAAUACGAUCGUGUCCAUGACAGUGGUCUUUGCCUCCAUACGGACCCUAAUCCUGGAACACUAAUGGCACCGCCUUCACAGCCACCCAAGGAGAAAGUGCUCCACUGGAUCAGCACCAAUGACAAAUGGCAAGAAGCUGAUAGAGAUCCGUCUUCCAGCAAGCACAGGUCGCGUCCACCGAGUUCGACUUCACCCAUUUCUUCCAGGAGGAGUCGGCAACACAAGUCCGCUUACGGGACUUCGAGGUCGGAAUCGCUGGAACGAGCUGGAGCUUCCGCCGGUCAUUUAACGCAAAGUGAAGACGAUAUGGCUAGAAAUCGUCCUCCAACCAAGCCAAAACCUAGCGUAUCACAGCCAACUUCCACUCACUCGACAACGAUGAAGAAACCAGCAAGUAGUGGAGCUCUCUCAGGUGAAGGAAGCUCAGCCCCAACAGAAUGCACUGUUGUGACGUUCACUUUUGGAGAUGAGCCCGUGCCCUACCGCAGCCGGAUACCAGCUGGACGAACUGUCACGCUCAAGCAAUUCAAAGAAAUUUGUGUGCCCAAAAAAGGAAACUACAAGUACUACUUUAAGACGAAUUGCGAGGACGACGUAGCGAUGGCAGUCAAUCAGGAGGUUAUUGACGACUCUGAGAUUCUACCACUCUGGGAAGACAAAGUGCUGGGUAUCGUCAAGCUUGUCGAUUAGAAUUGAUGAUGUUAUGGAAAAGAUAUUGUCUUGAAAACUUUAAAAAAAAAAACUCUUUGAAAUGAACUUGAGUUUAUGUUGCAGCUUAACAUUACCCUCCUUCAAAAUCUUCAGCCCUGUCUUUUAUUUUGUAUGAUGUCAGUUCUAUUUUUGUCAUUGUCGUUUUUCAUCGAUUCACGCGUUGUUUUUUCUCUUAACUCUUGUCUUUUGAUAGAAAUCGAGUUUCUUUUAUUUCUUUUCUCUUUUAUUUUGAGAAGCGUGCAACAAUCGUGUCGUAGUAAUUUACCCUUUUUCCAGCAUGAAUGAAUAUUUGUUUAAUUGUCGCGCUGAGACUUCUUUCUUCCCUCCUGCAUUUCCUUUUUAUACUUUGUCUGGGCCAAAAAAAAACUAAUUUAAGAAAAAAAAAUGUUGGAAGAUUUGCCUUAGCCAGAAUAUUUUUUUUUAACUUCGCAAUCGUCUGAUUUGUACACAUCCAUCGAGUAUUCUCUGAAAGAUAAGGAAUGACAUGUGUUCAACUCCGAUUCCUCGUCUACCACUAUCUCCAUCCCGCCCAAAUAAAACCGCCACUUCAUCUGAAGCAUUACUAAUACGCAAACGUUUCAUUACAAUUUUAUGAAAUUGUUUUGUA